AUGUUUAUGUACGAUGAUUCCUCGAUGUCUGAUGGUAGUCUGUACGCAAGUGACCAAGAAAACCAUUCAGUUCCGAGAAAAAGAUCGGGGUAUCGACGGCUGCAUAAGCGUCGUAUGCGAUGCCCGCAACAGCAAAUUCAACAGCGUCAAGCGGCAAAUCUGCGUGAAAGACGCCGCAUGCAGUCGAUUAAUGAUGCUUUCGAAGGCUUGCGCGCUCAUAUCCCAACACUACCAUACGAAAAACGACUGUCGAAAGUGGAUACUCUCAAAUUAGCCAUCGGAUAUAUAAGUUUUCUUGGAGAACUAGUACGAGCUGACCGCAACGGGCCAGACACGAUGCUGGCAGGAGUCACCAAUCAUCAGAAUACGAGCCACGAACAAAAGAAAAUUAUUAUACGAGCUAGGCAAAUUUUUGAUGCAACCGGCGUACCUACGGUUGAAGUUGAUAUGGUGACAGAAUUGGGACUUUUUCGAGUAGGUGUUCCAUCAACUGAUACAAAGAAAAUUUCUGAGUCUGUACAGCUACGGGAUAAUAAUCCGAAUGAAUAUUUUGGCAUGGGAGUAACUAAGGCAGUGAAAAACAUUAAUACAAUUAUUGCUCCGGAGCUCAUAAAGCAAAAUCUUGAAGUAACGAUGCAAAAAGAAAUUGAUCAAUUUAUGAUAGCUCUCGAUGGGACCGAAAACAAGUCAAGACUUGGUUCAAAUGCUAUCAUGUGUGUGUCACUAGUGGUAGCAAAAGCAGGAGCAGCUAAGAAAGGCGUUCCUCUUUAUAGACAUAUAUCAGAUAUGGCAGGUGUUGCUAGUAUCAUACUACCUGUACCACAUUUUACAAUACUAACUGGAGGUAUUUUGAGUAGUAAUGGACUUCCAUUUCAAGAAUAUAUUAUUAUGCCUACAGGAACGUCGUCAUUUGCGGAAGCAAUGCGUAUGGGAACCGAAAUAUAUCGAUAUGUUAAAAAUAUUAUAACAUCGAAAUAUGGUGUCGAAGCUUCAUAUGUCAGUGAAUCAGGCGGAUUUUCAAUUCCAUUAGAAAGCCAUAGAGAUGCGUUAGUAUUUCUAACGGAUGUUAUAAAACAAUGUGGGUAUGCCGCGAAAGCAGAGAUUGCCAUAAAUGCUGCAGCUACGGAUUUAUAUAAAGAUGGAGCAUAUGAUGUUGAAUUUAAGAAUCCAAAUUCUAAUCCCCAAGAUUAUAUGUCUUCGGACAAACUUGCUGAAGUAUAUUUAGAUAAUAUUAAGGAAUUUCCUGUGUGCUCUGUUGAAGAUGCUUUUGAAUUCGACGAUUGGGCUGCAUGGUCUACUCUUACAGCACGUACUCAAAGUCAACUUUUUGGUAAUGACCUUACUCAGACAAACCUGCGCAGGAUUGGAUUAGCCGUAGAAAAAAAGGCAGGUAACACUAUAGCUCUGAGAAUUAACCAAGCUGGUACCCUUACUGAGGUAAUCGAAUCAUAUAAAUUGCUGAAAUCGAAUGGAUUUGGAAUAGUCGUAUGUGAUAGAUGGGGAGAUACUGAUGACUUGUUCAUAGCAGACCUAGUUGUCGGUUUGUCGGCUGGACAAAUAAAGUGCGGAGCGCCAGUUCGAGGCGAGCGCGUGGGUAAAUACAAUCAAAUUAUAAGAAUUGAGGAAGAGCUGGGUGCAUUAUCUAAAUAUGCGGGAAAAAAUUUCCGUGGACAAAUGUAG